AUGGCUUCUCGUAUCUUUACCGCGCUUUGUGCGCUGACCCUGGGCAAAACUGUCCUGGCCAUCCCUGGAUACUUGGCUCCACGGGCGUCUACAAGCGUUGCCAGCUGGUUGGCCACGGAGACUCCCAUCGCAAGGCAAAGCAUUCUCGAUAAUAUCGGAUCUGCCGGUAUAUAUGCUGAGACUGCGGAUUCGGGUAUCGUGAUUGCCAGUCCAAGCUUGGAUAGUCCUGACUAUUACUAUACCUGGACUCGUGACUCGGCUUUGACGCUGAAGGUCUUGAUUGAUUUGUUCAGGAAUGGAGAUACUGCUUUACUCUCCAUCAUUGAGGAGUACAUUGACGCCCAGGCUUAUAUCCAGACGGUCUCCAACCCAUCUGGUUCUCUUUCUGAUGGAACUGGACUGGGUGAGCCCAAGUUCAACAUUGAUGAGACUGCCUAUACUGGAUCCUGGGGACGUCCUCAGCGUGAUGGUCCUGCUCUUCGGGCCACUGCGCUGAUCAGCUUUGGUCAGUGGUUGGUGGAAAACGGCUAUACCACUACGGCAACCAACAUUGUGUGGCCAAUUGUGCGAAACGAUCUGUCUUAUGUGGCGGAGUACUGGAACCAGACCGGUUAUGGUGAGAACUUCAUUCCUGACCAAUGUCAAGACGUCACUGACCAUCUAGAUCUGUGGGAGGAGGUUUCCGGCUCCUCUUUCUUUACCAUCGCUGUCCAGCAUCGUGCACUGGUGGAGGGCAGUAAAUUCGCGGCUUUGGUGGGCUCGUCUUGCUCAUACUGCGACUCUCAAGCCCCUCAGGUUCUUUGCUUCCUCAACCAGUUUUGGACCGGAUCGUACGUCUUGGCCAACUUCGACAGCAGUCGCACGGGCAAGGACGCCAAUACGCUCCUAGGUAGCAUUCACACCUUUGACCCUGAGGCGGCCUGCGAUGACAGCACUUUCCAACCCUGUUCUUCUCGCGCACUGGCAAAUCACAAGGUGGUGACAGACUCUUUCCGCUCGGUUUAUACCCUGAACUCGGGCAUCGCUGAAGGAGUGGCCGUGGCCGUCGGUCGGUACCCAGAAGAUUCCUACUACAAUGGAAAUCCCUGGUUCCUGUGCACCCUAGCUGCCGCUGAGCUUCUGUACGACGCAUUGUACCAGUGGAACAACAUCGGUUCCUUGACCAUCGACAGUGUGUCAUUGGACUUCUUCACUGAUCUUUACAGCUCCGCCGCGACAGGGACCUAUUCUUCAUCCAGUGCGACGUACUCGUCGAUCGUGAGUGCCGUGAAGACAUACGCGGAUGGAUACGUCAGCCUGGUCGAGACAUACGCGGCCAGCAACGGAUCUCUGUCCGAACAAUACAGCAAGACAACUGGGGCUCAACUGUCGGCCAGAGAUUUGACCUGGUCCUACGCGGCCUUGUUGACAGCAAACAUGCGCCGUAACUCUGUUGUCCCUGCAGCCUGGGGUGAGACCUCUGCUAGCAGUGUCCCGGCCACCUGUAGCUCCACCUCGGCGACUGGCACCUUUAGCUCUGCGACUAACACGGCCUGGCCCGCUACUUUGACCAGUGUAUCUGGAACGACGACAGCCACCACUGCCACUACCACUACCACCGGUACCGGCACCACCGCAACCACCACAUCCACAUCAACAACGAAGACCUCCACGACAACGACUGCCUGCACUACCCCGACCGCCGUGGCCGUGACCUUUGAUCUGAUUGCAACCACCGUCUACGGCGAGAACAUCAAGAUUGCCGGCUCCAUCUCCCAGCUCGGUGACUGGGAUACCGAUGAUGCUGUCGCUCUUAGUGCCAUUGACUAUACCAGCAGCGAUCAUCUCUGGUUCGUGACCACCACUCUCCCUGCGGGAACUGUCUUUGAGUACAAGUAUAUCCGGGUUGAGAGUGAUGGAACGAUUGAGUGGGAGAGUGACCCGAACCGCUCCUACACUGUCCCAGCUGCCUGUGCUACCACGGCCGUGACGGAGAGUGAUACCUGGCGAUGA